AUGCCGUGCGCAUUGCGACUCCCGACUAUUCGCGUGAUCGCAAACCAGGCAAAUAUCGAACUAUCAGCUUCAGCAUCGAUCAUUAUUGAUGCCCCUGAUGGCGUACGGCAUAUUGCAACCAUCAGAGACCUCUCCUCAGCAGUGGAAGAUUCUCAUCUUUGGAUUACUCGGCCCGGAGCUUGUUGCCUUGAGGUUUCUAUCGCCAUAAAUGGGCAUCCGAUCCUUGACACUUUCCAUCUCGAUGCCAUCGCCGAGGCAGUCGGCGGUUGCGAGGUUUGGAGUCGUCUAGGCGUUCAUCUAGAACCCAACCGGCCAUGUCCAAUUCAGCUACCUGGACUUCUGUCUUUCUCGCUCCAGCACCCAGACCUCUCAUCGGCUCUCGUUGCCCCAGUUUCCGCCUAUACUACUGCAUUUCGAAAGUUAACGUUGUCGAUCGAUGUGCGCAACGUGUCUCAAGAAGAAGAACGGCCUCGAAAGUAUUUGAAGACCAGCAAGAGGCGGAAGAAGAGGGGCCAUCCAAAGGAUAAGGUCAAAAGCUGUACCGAGAGCAAUCUACUAAGCACUCUGGAGCUGGCCGACCGACAGGCUAUUGACAGCUUCAUGUUCAGUCUCAACUCCCCAUGCGAAGAAGGGAGCGGGAAUGCGUCGCAGACCCUCCUCCGAGAAGACACCAUUAAGGAUGUUAAAGUAUUGAAAGACCUGCAGUCAUCGUCCCUAAUCGAAAUUCUCCUUGAGCAGUUGAUGCUGGCGCCAGAGCGGUCGUACAGGGGCUACCAAGUCUGGGGUUGCGGGCUCAGUUACUGCCUCACCAAGCUUGCGCCGGGAGUAUUUCAUAUGCCUUAUCUCAAGAGCAUAUCGGACCGCGCCGAACUACUGCCCAUCAUUGCCACAUCCUUAGCAAGUAUGCAGCAUGCCGAAUCCCCGGUGCUCAGACAGCAAGUGACUCAUCUAGCAUCGGGCUACGAGGCUUAUUCUCGCCCCCAGAGUGCAAAAAACGGCUCUGUGGACAUACUGGAAAGAAAGGCUUAG